CGCUUCGCGGAGGCACUGCGCAUUACUAAGUGACUCUUCUCGCAGUGGCAGUCGAUGCGCCGCAUCAGUGGUGCUGAACCCACAGCGCGCGAGGCGGCAUACCUGCACAAGUACAAGCAAGGCCACGACGUCGAGGCUGCUGCUGCCGCUGACGACGACGAAGAGCUCGUACUCGCGGCAGCCACCGCAGCCUAUAACGUGUGGCGCGCCGUCGCGCUGAGCGCCUGCGGCAUCGGCGGCCUCUUCUUCCUCGUCUUCAUUCUGCGGAGCAAGUAGAUGAUGCUCCGCGCGCUGCCGCGAGCCGCCGCGGGCAUCGCCGCGUCGCUGGCGCUGCAGCAGACUUGCCAACAGAGCGAUGACCGCCUGGCGAGGUGGAGAAAGCGCUGGGAGGGCGACACGCGCGGCUGGGAGCUCGGUAAGACCGUGCAUCCGCGCCUCGCGGAGUUUGAGGAGAGACUGCUGCCCGAGCCGUCGCGCGUGCUCGUGCCGCUCGCCGGCCAGAGCCACGACGUCGCCCAUCUGGCGUGGCGCGGCCAUAGCGUCGUGGCGGUCGAGGGCGUCCCGGCGGCGCUCGACGCCUUCAAGGCCACUUAUGGUGCGGACGAGGCUCGCAGAAUUGCCGGCCACGCGUGCGACGACUACGACGGAGAUGAUGUCCGCGGCGCUUUGGCGACGAUGCACGUCGUGCGGCUGCCAUUUGAGGGCGGCUCCAAGCGCUUGACCUGGCAUACUGGUGAUUUUCUCGGCAACUUCUCGUGCCCAAUUGUGUGGAAAUCAACCGGCACCGCCACGCCGUCGAGCAGGCGUCGCGUUGAUGGCGUGGAGGUUGACGCGAAGAAUCAGCGCGGCCGCGCCGUAAAAUUUUGAUUUCCACACAGGUGCCCGCUCGUCGACGCGGCCUUCGACCGAGGAGGGUUGGUGGCCGUCGCUCCAGAUGAUAGGGAGGCCUACGCCGCGGUGCUAAAGCGGCUCGUGCGACCGGGGGGCAGGGUGCUCUUCGUGAGCGUCGAGCACCCGCCAUUUGAAGGUGGUAAGCUCGGGCCGCCGCAUUCCAUCGAGCGCGCUGAAGUCGACCGGUUGUUCUCAGCCGACUUCGACAUCGAAGUCGAGAGCUGUGUGGAAAUCAACCAGUGAGUUAGGUUAUGCGAGCGGUCACUGCGAUGAUGUCGCGUCGAUGGCCUGGAAACUUCAUGCCAUCGAGCAGACGCAGCUACGGAGAAAAUAUCGCGUCGAUGGCGUGGGGCGCCCGAAAUUUGAUUUCCACAUAGGUGCUCAAGCGCGAGGACCGCAUGCCCCUCGAGCCGUCCUGGCGCGAGCGCGGCUGCGACUACUUCUUCGAGACGACGUAUUUGCUCACGCGGAAAGAAGCUCCGGUCUGCGACGCGGCGGGGCGGCUGAUGAGCUUAUCUUAAUUGUGAAUUUCUAGAAAAGUGCCGCAAAUCCCAGUUACGCGGGCAGGAGCAACCGGGUCAC